AUGGAUCCCUACUUGGACGCUCCCGAAUCGCACACGAUUCCAGACGAGGAAUUGGACGACGACACCUUGUUGCAACUUGAACAAGAUCUUGCUCCCAAGGCUUCUGAUUACUAUGGUGUCCUUAACGUUUCGAGAACGGCAACCGAAGACGAAAUCAAGGAUGCAUACAAGAAGCUUUGUCGAUUCUUCCAUCCUGACAAGCACAACGACCCUAACAACAAAAAGGUGGCAGAAGCACGGUUCCAAGUCAUUCAAACAGCUUAUGAAGUGCUCAGUGAUCCUAUCAAACGAGCUAUUUAUGAUACAUAUGGCGAGGAAGGUCUCAAUGCAAAGUGGGAAGUAGGACCCAAAUACAAGACAUCCGAAGAGAUCAGAGCCGAAUAUGAAAAGAAGGAACGCUUGCAACGAGAACAAGAAUUGGAGAAUUUGGUACGAUCUCGUGGCGAAUUCCAGCUUAAUCUCAAUGCGACUGGUGUAUUCGAUCCCUAUGAGCCACCUGUAUUUGCUGGGUUUGGUCAACCACCUAUCGCCCCCAAAAGGAGAGGUCCCCUGCAUGCAUUGACCAAAACACAGAUCCAGCAAUUGUUUAUGCGACAUACAUUCGAGUCUCAAAUUGGUGCACAGACACGAGCCAUCAUUGGAGGAUCCAUGUUGUCAAGAAAUGGUAUGGGAGGUGGCAACUUGAUGGGUACGAUUCGCCAUACAGUGUCACCAAAGCUUUGGGGAGAAUUAAGCACCUCGUUCUUACAUCCAAGGGUGGUCACGCUUAAAUCAUAUUACAGCAUGUCCACUGAUAGCUUUGUGAAUACUGUGGCACAAACCCGUACUCCAUAUGCUCCACCUAUUUUGACGGUUACUGCUGGUCGACGUCUAUACGCCACAACAACAGGUUAUGUGACCUAUCGAACGGGUGAAUGGUCUCUUCUUGGAUGGGGAGGUGAUACCUCACGCAAAAUGGACAAGUCUUCAGUGGCAUUGGGCCUUGCCGGUGGUCAAAAGACGAGCAGCUACAGUGUUGAAUUACAGACUGGUAUUCUAUCAUCUCAUAUUGCUUGUGAAUAUACACGCAAGCUACCCAAUCAGGUGCAACUUCGUCUUUCGGGUGCCUUGUCCACAGCAGGUGGCAUCACAGCAAGCAUUGGCAGUGAUCACAAAGUGAGCAAACAUACUCGAUUUGGCAUGUCACUUGAGUGUGGUCUUCCUUCCGGUGUUCAAGUCAAAUUCCGAAUUGCUCGUCUUGGCCAAAAGUUUGUUUUGCCUAUUAUUCUCUCCACCGAGUUUGAUCUUCAACUGGCCUUCUUUGGUGCUGUGGUACCUGUAUCGAUUGCAGUAGCAUUGGAUCAACUCCUUCUCCAACCCCGACGAAGAAAGCAAAUCAAAGAGAAAAUUGCCCAACUACGUGAGCAACAUGCUGAAUAUCUGGAAACCCGAAAGCAAGAAGCCUUAGAAGGACAACAAUUAAUGAUGGAGAUUGCUGCACGCAAAAAGAGACAAGAGGAAAAGAAGCAAGAUGGCCUUAUUAUUGUCAAGGCAUGGUAUGGUUGCCUGGAUAAUGUUGAUUUUGAAAGCGACGAGUUGCCUGAAGAAGUGAUUGAUGUCACUGUGGUUGUCCAAGCAUUGGUGAAUGAAUCACGGGUAACGAUCCCUGGAGGACAUUCCAAGACCAAUAUCCUUGGUUUCUAUGACCCAUGUCUUGGCGAACGUAAACAACUUCGAGUACAUUAUCGAUUCCAGCAUCGUCUGCACACUGCUACAGUAGAAGAUAAAUCGCCACUGAUAUGCCCUAUGCGAUGUAAGUAG